UCCACGUCCACGCGGUACGCGAGUGCAAAAUCAGCUACGAAAGGCAUGCGAGAGCGCUUGAAAACUGGCAGCAUGGAACCAGCCAGCAGACUGUCGGCCAGGGAGACCUGCGGGUCCUUACAGAGCUUCAUGCAAGCCACAGCGGUCUCGAUCCACUGUGAGAUGUAGACCACCUGCUUACCUGGCAGUUGGCCGUAAAGACUGACGCACUGCAGGAAGGACGAUGGCGCAUGUGGCACCGACGCGAAGGCCAACGACAGCUCCGCCAGCAGCUUUGCGGAGUCCCACUCGCGCAUCUGCUGCAUUGCGUCCUGCACUCGCAUCUGCUCGAACAAUUGCGCCAGUGUUUCCUGCGGCUCUGUAGCUGCAACGUCGGAGACAGCAUCGUCCAGUUGGUCCGCCAUCUCAAUAGCGAAAGCGUAAUGAGCUGCUCGGGUUGAACAAUUGCUUACAAUUUCCAAGUGAAUUGGUUUUGAGAGGGAUCAUUAUAACUUCAGGAUGGAGCGUCACAGACGCCGCUCUCCAGCUCGCUCGCCGCCGCGUCGGUCGUCUGGAGGCCGCACCCGCUGGCAGACAAGAUCGCGAUCCCGCUCUCGAUCCAGGUCCAGAUCUCCGAUGCGACAGCCCCGACGUGGGGACAGGAAGGAGCGCUCGCCACAACGAGGCCGACGCAAUGAAGACAAGAAGACACGUGAUUUCUCGCACUUGGUCCAGUGGGGCAAGAAGGAGGAUGAAGAGAAGGAAGACGAACCUGUAGAGGUGGAGAAGCCCAACUUUGGACUCACGGGAGCGCUUGCCAAGGACCAGGCAACGGGCAACAUGCAGAACGGAGUGGUCAUGAAGUUCUCGGAGCCGCCUGAGGCUCGCCAGCCGACCAAGCGCUAUCGGUUGUAUGUGUUCAAGGACGACAAGAAUAUUGCGACGCUUCAUGUGCAUCGCAAGAGCGCGUUCCUCGUCGGACGUGACAAGGCUGUGGCCGAUAUACUGACGGAGCACCCGUCGUGCUCAAAACAGCACGCUGUGUUGCAGUACCGGAUGUACCAGAAGGAGACGAAAGACGGACUCGGCUUCGAGCAGGAAGUGCGGCCGUACAUCAUGGACCUGAACAGCACCAACUCGACGUUUCUCAACGGCCACCAGAUCGAAGGCUCGCGCUACAUUGAGCUGAAGGAGAAGGACGUGCUCAAAUUCGGCGAGAGCACACGGGAAUACGUGCUCAUGUGUGCAACCUAGACAGCAACAACAAGGCAAAUUCAGAAAGGAAAAACAGACAUUGGAAAACACCGCAAAAUGCGUUGAGUUGUUUUGGCAUUACAGCAGUUUAUCUGUGCGCUUGACUAGCACACCAAAAGGUC